GCUUCCGAUCGGCAGUGUCUGCUGUAUUCUGCUGAGUGAAAAUUCUCGGAAAAGUGUGCUCUAUCAAAGCGCCAGCGAACGCCACACAAAGAGAGGGUGAGAGAGACAAAGAGAGAGAAAGAUCCAACGAAUACAUAAGACGACCUUGCGUAUACGCAAUAUGCUGCUCAGCCGCCACGAAUGUGUGAAAAUAUUGGAAAAUCUGACAAAUGGCAAGAGCAAGCUGUUGGACUAUCAGGUGGUUCGAGAUGACACUGCAAUCGGUUAUCUGGGUGAUUACUAUGCACUGACUAUAAGCUGCUGCAACGCUGAACGAGAGGAUAUCGUCCACAAAAAGCAGUUUUUCAUCAAAACUCUACCCCACCAAAGCGCUGAGGUGGCCAAGGAGGCUAUUUUUCGUAAGGAGGCAUGGUUCUAUGAGACAAUGCUGCCCAAGAUGCAAAAUUAUUCCAAACUAAAGUGGAGUCCCUUGUGUUACUACACACGACCCGAUCUACUGGUGCUCGAGGACAUCAAACUGUCAGGAUAUCGGGCAGUGGAGGCCUCGCAACUCAACGAGAACCACCUGCUGCAGCUCAUGCGUUCCGUGGCAGCCUUUCAUGCCGCCAGUUUGAUCUACGAGCAUCAAACGGAAGUGAAUAUUGGUGAAGCUUAUGGCGAUAAAUUGCUGGAGGUGACAGUGGCCUCGGAGAUAGCCUGGUUUACCACCGGUCUCUCCGCUGUGCUGGCUGCCGUGCGAAGUCUACCCCAGUAUCAGGGAGCCAGAGAACUACAUUUCAUUGACAACCAACUGCUGGCGAUUAUGGAGGGGAUUUAUGAGCAGGCGGAACCCUCAAUCAAAUACAAGAAUGUGCUCUGCCAUCGCGAUCUGUGGAUUGGCAAUAUCUUCUAUCCGAGCGAAGAGGACUCUGGGGCAGCUCUUCUUGUAGACUUUCAGACAUGUCGCUACACUCCACCUGCCCAAGAUCUUAGCUAUUGUUUGUACAUGAAUCUCACAUCAGCGUAUCGCAGGGAAAUGGAAAAGAGCUGCCUCGAUGUGUACUACAAUUAUUUGGUGGAAAAUCUCUCAGAGUUUGGCCUCAAGGCGGAGCUACUGCUAUCCAAAUCGGAGCUCCUAGAAUCCUUUGAGGAGUUUCGUUUGUUUGCGAUUGUCUAUCGCGCUGUGGCUGCCACCAUAAUCAAGGUGCCCGCCGCCUUCGUGACCAAUGAAUUCAAGUAUGUGGAUCGCAGUGGAGUGAUCUUGGAUUACAUGAAAACCAAUGAAGAGUUCAGGUCCUACAUGGAGGAGUGCUGUGUGGAUGUCAUGAACAUGGCCAUCGAUAGGGCAAUUAUGCGAGAGAGUGAGAGUGUCCGAUAAGGAAGAGUUCGAUGGGCUGUGCAGCCUGUGACGAUAAGAAAUGACUGUGUAGAAAAUGCCAUGAUCGAGAGGGGAAGUACUCUAACAAAAUGGGAACUAAAGCUAGCUUAGCGCAGUGUAAUUCUGUAGCCUAUGAUACGUUAUAUACCCCCACUUUAUAGAGUAUUUUCUUCAAUAUAAACUCUGAAACACAAUCGAAAUGAAA